AAAGACCCCCACAAUUCCCCAAUUCCCUUCUUUUUUUCCCGUCUUCACAAUUAUAAAUUCCCUUUCUCUCUCUGUAAUCCAUCUGGUUCUACGUGAAUCUACACAACCCCCAAAUCUAGACCGAGAAAGAGGUUUCUCUUUUCGAUUCCCUUCAAAACUUUAAUGGAUAAAUUGUCAAUCGACUCAACUCAGUUCAUCUCUCUUCUUUCGAUUCAUUUUUCUCAUCCCUCCGAUCUCUUCUUCUCCAAAUCUUUUCGUCGUCUGAUUCCUUGUCAAUCUUGUAUCUUCAUCUGACAUCUGCAAUCGAGAGCUGUCACCAAUGGGAAAGCGUAGUUCUCAACGUAAGAAUUCUGCAAUGUUGGAUACUGAUGAUAGUGAUAGUGUGAGUUCGUCGUCGACUGUUCGAUCAGAUAACAUGGCGGUGUCCGGUGCUGAAGAAGUGCAGCUGGGCAGCGAGAGUUUGCUUGAUCGAUGCAUAGAUGAUUUAUACGAAAAAAGGGGGUCCACGAGAGAGAAAGCCUUGGCAUCAAUUAUAGAGGCUUUUAGUAGCAAUUUGCAGCACGAGUUUGUGGAAAAGAAGUUUGCUACUUUGCUGCAUCAGUGUCUGAAUUCGAUCAAGAAGGGGUCUGCUAAGGAGAUAGCUUUAGCAGCUCAUGCCAUUGGAUUGCUGGCUCUGACCACUGGUCCUGGGGAAAAAGCUCAGGAAAUAUUGGAAGAUUCUGUUCCUCCUAUUUCACAAGCUCUCAAAUCUGGCUCUGAAACAUCAAAGAUUUCGUCGUUACUAGAGUGUUUGGCUAUUAUCACUUUUGUUGGUGGAACUAAGCAAGAGGAAACAGAAAAAUCAAUGCAAAUGAUGUGGCAUGUGGUUCAUCCAAAACUGUCUGCCAAUGUAGUGGCCACUAAACCUUCACCAGGUGUAAUAACAGCAAUGGUUUCUGCUUGGUCAUUUCUUCUUACCACUAUGGAGGGAUGGACAAUUGAUCCUAAAAUCUGGCAAGAGUCGAUUUCUUAUUUUUCUACUCUGCUAGACAAGGAUGAUAGAUCCGUGCGCAUUGCAGCUGGCGAAGCACUUGCCUUAAUUUUUGAGAUAGGAAACUUCAAGUUCUCUGGUGAAGCUAAAGCAUCUAGUGACAGCUCUGUCUCUCGAGAGGUUGCACAUAUACAGGGAUUGAGGGGGAAAUUCCUAAGUCAAGUGAGAAAUCUUUCUACGGAGGCAGCUGGUAAAGGGUCUGCUAAGAAAGAUCUUAACAGUCAGCGGAACAUAUUCCGAGACAUUCUUGAGUUUCUUGAGGAUGGUUAUCCUCCAGAAACCUCAAUGAAGAUAGGAGGCGAGUCUCUGAACACGACAUCAUGGUCUCAACUGAUACAGCUGAACUUCUUAAAGCAUUUUAUUGGGGGAGGAUUUGUUAAACACAUGCAGGAAAAUGAAUUUCUUCAUGAGGUCUUUGGGUUCACACCAAAGAGAAAGCAGCUUCCAGGAAAUGAGCCUCGUAUGUCUAUUAGUGAUAAGGCAUUCACUCUUUGUACAGAGAUUGUACAAGUCACCAAACUCGGUCGUGAACAAGGCGAGGACACAAUAUCGCAACAAGCAGCGAAUGUUUUCGCAGGAUAAGAACACUGGGCACUAUGCAGUUGGUUUAGGUGAUGAGUUCUAAAUUCUUCCAAACAUUUGAGGCUUUAAGAAGUAUUUCCUUAUCUUAAUAUUUAUAUUAUUGUUAACCCAUAUGAUGAUAUGAUACCAUAAAAUGGGAACUACUUUGAUUUAUAGUUAGGGACAUUGUUGAGAACACACAUUAGAUCUGUGUAAUUUGUCAAAAUUCUUUCGUUUAUCCUAUUCAGAAACAUUUGUUUCAAACAUCAAUGAAAUAAGUUAAUGGUUAAAUGGAUGUUGGUAUGAGGUUGAUAA